CCUCUCCCAGGGCGAUCCAACCCCAUUGCGCCUCCUCUUCUUUCAGCCAUGAUGAUGAUGGCCCGAGCACCAGGGCUCUCCACAGUUCUCUAGUUAUCAUGGCUUCGUUUACUGCCUCCCGUCUAGAUCGUUAGAAGCUAACCUACCAUUGAAGAGCCCACGUUCUGGCUCCUUCACACCCGGCCUGGUCGAUGUGAUGCCCCCACAUCGUAUUCAACUCCAGCCCCGCGAUGAUGCAAACAACCUUGCCGACGAUGCCCUUUGAAUCGCCCAAACGCAAACGUGCAUCAUCCGAAGAAUCGGACUACUGCAGUCCUUCUGCCUCCCCGACAUCAUGCGUCUCAAUCCCCAACCUCCAGGAAACUAGGGUACGGGAAGCAGAAGAAUGGGGAAGAUACAGCCCGCGUGCAGUAGUCGCUAGUCGCCUGGGACAAUUGGCCAUCCGCGGGGACCAAUUUUCUACGUCACCCGUUCCGUAUGGAGCAGAUCCUUCUCUGCAGUUAGGAGACUGGCCUGCCACGUACGAUGAACUCCAUGGCACCCGCGACAUACCUGGAACGAAUCCCUCAAUGGAGGGUAGUCCCAGUCCAGCUGGAUUCACAGAGUUUGCAAAGGGUAUCCAACCUUGCGACAGUGACAAGAGUGCAUCGACGUCACCCAGCAAGAAACGGUCAACACCAAGCCCUAGAAAAAAACGAAUCCCCUCGAUUACCUCCAAGAUGCGCUCCGUGAGAUCAUCACCACCUCUCAUCAGCAAUACAGCUGAGGACCCGCUUACAUGGCAUGACUCAGAGAUUACUGGUCACAACCCGACUGACCCGACUGACGAUGGAUAUGGCAUGAAUGGUAUCGGAUUCAAGCCGACUGCAGCAAUGGCUUGGGCUCGGUCACAGAGGAGACAGAAGCAGGUUGCUGAAUGGAAGAACCGUGAGGCAAGAGAAGCGCGCGAACGCCGACGGGAACGCCGCGAUGGCGCUGAUUUUGAUAAGAUACGGACCAUCCAAUCGGGCGCUAUUCAGAAAAAGGUCAAAUUCGACGUCUGAAUGCAACCACCAUGGAAGGCUAACAAUAAUUUGAGAUAAGUCUUCUGGUUUUACAAGAUUUCUACCCUCUUUGGAAUUCAUUGGUUGAGGACAAUUAAUGAAAUGGGCGUUGGAUUGGAGAUAUCGACGUGUGACAUCGCGACGUCACAGCUUCAAGGUUGGAUAGGGCAGCGGCCCAUAACAUAGAGGAAUAUGUACCUGGAACCCAACCUACUUUAUACAUAGUACUAUACAAUGAGAUCCCAUC